CUUCUACUCUAGCUGAUGUGUGUAUAUAUAUAUAUAGUAGUAUGUGUUGAAGCAUUGCAAUCAACAUAUUUGCUCUUUACUUUUCUUGCAAGUACUCCUAGGUUAAACAUGCAAGGGGAAAAGGACGAGGCGGGCGAUGGGAAGGAGAUCGUGGUUGGGCCAUGGGGAGGAAACGGCGGGAGCAAUUGGGAUGAUGGGAGCUUCAAUGGAGUGAGGGAGAUCAAGCUCAUGUAUGGCCGUUGCAUCGAUUCAAUACGCGUCGUGUACGAUAGAAACGGAAGGCCCGUUGCAGCGGAGAAGCGUGGAGGUGGCGGAGGCACCAAAACUGCUGAGGUGAAGCUGCAGUUUCCGGAGGAGUACCUGACGGCGGUGUGGGGGCACUACGCCCCGGUGGUGCACGGGGGGAGCCCGGUGAUCCGGUCGCUGACGUUCAGGACGAACCGCAGAACAUUGGGGGCGUUUGGAGUGGAAGAAGGGACGCCAUUCAGUCUGCCGAUGGAAGGAGGACAGGUUGUGGGAUUCAAAGGGAAGUGUGGUUGGUAUGUAGAUGCAAUUGGUUUCCACAUAGCUAAAGUGAAGACAGCCAAAGCUGUGCCGAGAGCGCAGCCUAGUCUCUUCAGAAGGCUCACUAGCUCUGUCUCGUUCGCCCCUCUUACUCUAAGAGACGGAGACGAAGCUCGGGCUAGAUCCACUAAACCUGCCCCUCUUACUGUUAGAGAUGGAGACGAAGCUCGAGCUAGAUCCACUAAACUUUCCACUUAGAAAAUACAACACCUAAUUUCCCGCCUAGUAGAUGUUUUAGGUGAUCCUUAUCGAUUGUAUUGAUAUUGUAGUAUGCUCUAUCCGCUUCGAAACAUAAGACUAUUGUUCCCAUUUCACCAAUAAACAUUUUUACUAAGGAUAUCAGAGGGGAUCUUUUUCGAUGUAA